AUGCGAAAGAUGGAGAACAAAGUUUUACCUCUUACAUGCUUAGAUCUCGCCAACUUUGAUCUUCUUCAGUCAGCUGUUUCGCUUAAACAGGCAUGUAUGGAUUGUGGAUUUUUCUAUGUCAUAAACCAUGAUAUAAGUGAGGAGUUGAAGGAAGAGGUUUUCGAGCAGAGCAAGAAAUUCUUUGAUCUUCCUUUGGAGGAUAAGAUGAAAGCCUUGAGAAACGAAACGCAUCGAGGCUAUUCACCAGCCCUUGAGCAGAAUCAAAUCCAUGGAGACUACAACAAAGAAAGUUUUUUCAUGGGAACAGAAGGUCUUAAAGAUGAUCCCCUUAAAGCUAAGCCAUUCUAUAGACCCAACAUUUGGCCUGACUCUGAUGUUUUGCCCGGAUGGCGGAUGACCAUGGAGAAUUAUCACCAAGAAUUACUGAGGGUUUGUAAGGCUAUUGCAAGAAUACUGGCAUUGGCGCUAGACUUGGAUGCGGACUACUUUAAUACUUCAGAGAUGCUGGAAAACCCAAUCGCAUAUAUGCGGUUGCUUCACUAUGAAGGUGGGAUGUCUGAUUCUUCUAGAGGUAUAUAUGGGUGUGGAGCACAUACUGAUCAUGGGAUGAUGACUCUCUUAGCAACAGAUGGCGUAAUGGGGCUCCAGAUAUGUAAGGAUAAAGACAUGAAGCCUCAGAAGUGGGAAUAUGUACCUUCGAUCGAUGGAGCAUAUAUUGUGAAUCUUGGUGACGUGCUGGAGCGUUGGAGCAACGGCCUUUUUAAAUCCACAAUGCAUAGAGUACUUGCGAAUGGUCAGGACCGAUAUUCCAUUCCAUUCUUCUUGAGUCCAAGUCACGACUGUCUAAUAGAAUGUCUUCCUACAUGCCAGUCCGAAAACAAUCUUCCCAAAUAUCCAGCGAUCACAUGUUCAGCGUAUCUCACCCAGCGAUACAAAGAAUCCCACAGGGAAACGAGAGCAUCUCCGGAAAAUAGACCUAAAUGAAUUUUAGG